AUGCGCGGCCCGGCCGACACGUGGAUCUUCACGGCCUUGGCCCCCUCGGCCCGCCGCAGGUACUCCGCGCUCCAGCGGCGUGUGCAGGCCCCCAGCUCCACGCCUCUGAGCACCACCGGCCUCCGCUGGCGGCGCGAACGGGCGACACGGGAAAACGGGAAAACGGACAAACGCAAACGGACGGAACGAGCGGCCAUCACGAGCCCCGCGCUCUGGCUGCGCAGCUGCUUCUGCUACCUCCUCAUCCGCCUCUACUUCGACCCGGACUUCAGCGUGGAGGAGUUCACGCGUGGUGCCAAGCAGGCCUUCUCUCUUGUUUCCAAGCUGCUGUCUCAGCAUAAACUUGACCUGCUGGAAGAACUUGUGUCAGACGAGGCCCUUAAGGUUUUGAAGGAAAAGAUUUCAGUGCUUCCUGACAACCACAGGGAUGCCUUAGCAGCCGAGUUAGAUGCAAUCAUGUACACAACAGAAGGAGACGUUCGUAUUUACUAUGAUGAUGACGGAAGAAAAUUUGUUAGGAUACUGAUGCGUUUUUGGUAUCUGAAUGGUGCUAAUUUACCGGAUGAGAUACCAGGUGAAGCUAAAGUUUUCCAGAUUAUGUUUGGAGAUGAAAAUACAAAAGAAAAAAAACAUCUUUUAACAGCAAACUAUGAGUUUCAAAGAGAAUUUACAGAAGGAGCAAAACCAGACUGGACUAUUACACGGAUUGAACAUCCAAAGUUAUUGGAAUAAAUGUCUUCUGCAGUGUCUCUGUGUACCACUAUAAAUGUUGUGACAUCAGGCAUUUUUUGGU